ACAGAGGGAGAGAAAAGCUCUUCUGAAAAGUCUGUCACCAUGAAUCGGGCCUGGGCUGUGUUCAAAGCCCAUCCUUACAUCAGUAACGUCCUGGGAUACACAACACUGUUUGCUUCUGCUGACCUCAUACAGCAAAGCGUGCUGGGAGGGAAACCCGACGCAGGAUCAACAGCCGAGGAGUCAGCCGGCAUCGACUGGUGUCAGACGGCUCGUGUUGCGACUGUCGGCUUCUGUUUCCAUGCCAACUUCAACUACCACUGGCUGAAAGGGCUGGAGAGGAUGCUGCCAGGAGGAGGGGUGAAGGCGGUGACAGGGAAAGUUGUGGUGGAUCAGCUGAUAGCAGCUCCUCUCACCAUAAGUGCAUUUUAUAUUGGUUUGAGUUUACUAGAAAACAAAGAUGACCCACUCGAAGACUGGAGACAGAAAUUCUGGACAUCUUACAAGGCUGGAGUAGCAUUCUGGUCAACAAUGCAGGCAGUAAACUUCGCUCUGGUCCCGCCUGUGGCUCGGACAACAUUUCUGGGAGGCAUCGCUCUGGCUUUCACCAUCUUCCUGUGUCACCUCAGAAAGCAGCCUAACCACAAACUUGAAUAAAUGUAAGAUCAUUGGCUCCAUGAUGCAAGUUUUUAAAAGGAAAGACUUUUGUGUGAGAAACAACAGAGGGUAACAAUAUUGAUAUCAUAUUAGGCUAAUUGAAAGGAUGAUUUCAGAUGCAGAGUGAUCGGUUUUUCUGAGGAAACAAGAGGGACUCCUGAAAUAAAACACAAAUGUUGAUUCAGCAAUUAAAUCCUGCUUCUAUACGUAUUAAUAUUGUUAUUUUCUCUGAAUACAGAGAGCGCUACAUUGCGGUGUAAUGAUACUUUUCCUGCUACACUUGUUAUUUUAUCAUAUUGAUUAGCUUUGUUGAUGUCACUGUGUGUUUUUAAACCAAUAAUUAAACAAAGUUCUGUUUAUUUUAUUAUUUUGUUUGGAAAACUGUAACGACCUAAUCAUGUUUAAUUGUGAAAAGAAUCAUUUAAUUGUAAAUGCUCUCGAUUGUUUUGUUUUUUAACAUUUAACCUAUUGCAGAUUUUUUUUUUUUAAUAAUUGGUUAUUUCAUAUUUAGUUGUAUUUCAUAAAUAUUAAAGAUGUAAUUGUUGGUUGUAAGAGAAGA